GUGCACAGACAGCAGUGGAGGACAGUGAGAGGAUCUUUACUGAGCUGAUCAGCUCCAUGGAGAAAAAGCGCUGGGAGGUGACGGAGCUGAUCAGAGAUCAGGAGAAGGCUGAACUGAGUCGAGCUGAACGACUCCUGGAGCAACUGGAGCAGGAGAUUGCUGAUCUUCAGAGGAGAGUCACUGAGCUGGAGCAGCUUUCACACACACACGAUCACAUCCAUUUCCUCCAGGUUUUAGCUUCUGGAUGUCGCUCUCCUCCAUUUCACAGACCAUUAUUUCACACAUCCAGCGUCACUGUCCAUCAGCAUCUCUCAUUUGAUGGAGUGAGGAAUUCUGUCUCAGAUCUGAAAAAGAGACUCGAGGAAUUCUGUGAGGAGGAAUUCAACAAAAUCCCUCCACAUGCUGCAGCAGUUCAGAUCAUUUCAGGACCAGAACCACAGAGCAGAGAAGAGUUUCUGAAAUAUUUCUGUUAUCUGACUCUGGAUCCCAACACGGCACAUCGUCUCCUCAUUCUGUCUGAGAAGAACAGAGCGGUGAGAGGCAGUGAGAGAGCGCAGCGUUACUCUGAUCAUCCAGAGAGAUUUGAUUCCUGGUGUCAGGUGUUGUGUAAGGAGAGUGUGUGUGGACGCUGUUACUGGGAGGUGGAGUGGAGCGGUGAUGAUGUUGUGUACAUAUCAGUCUCAUAUAAAGACAUCAGCAGGAAAGGACGGGGUAAUGAGUGUGGGUUUGGAUUCAACAAUCAGUCCUGGAUUCUGCGGUGUUCUUCUUCUUCUCUCUCUUUCUAUCACAACAGCAUUGAGACUGAUCUGAGAGUUCCAUCUCCCUCCAGAAUAGGAGUGUAUGUGGAUCACAGUGCAGGAACUCUGUCCUUCUACAGCGUCUCUGACACGAUGAAGCUCCUCCACAGAGUCCACACCACAUUCACUCAGACUCUAUACGCUGGGUUCUGGCUCUGGUCUCCUGGUUCUACAGUGAGAUUGUGUGAUCCAGAAUAAAAGUGUGUAGUGUUUUCUGUAAAA